CUCAGUAUCCAGCAGCACCGCCCUUCUCUGCCUCUCCUCCCUGAAAAAAACUGUUUCUUUCAUGCUUUUCGAAUUUGAAAAACUAACAGAAAAUGAAGCUCAAGCCGACUAAACUCAAGCCAAAAAUGGAACCACAACCGUAUAUCACGAGGAAGCAGCGAACCAAACGACUUCGCCGAAUCCGUUCGCGGAUCUCUCCGGUUCUUAUAUCGCCUUUGAACUCAGCUCCUCCACAAAAGAGCCAAGGUUUCUAUGCUUUCUCAGUGGAUUCCAGCCCCUGCCUAUACUUCAGAGAUGAAGUGUCUUGUGAUUCAAGCAGAGUUACAUCCAAAUCGAGCGCAACUAAGAGAAAAUUACGUGAAACAGAAGAAAUUGAGAGGAUUAAAGACGUUCCGUUUCGAAGAAUCACUAGAUCUUACUAUAAGCAGAAGGAAAACGAGAGAAAAGAAAAUGAAGUAGAAGUGAGUGAAUCGUCUUGGGUGGAGUCGAAAUGUGGAGCUGAUUGUGUUGUUUCCGAAAAGAGAAGAAGUUCGAAGUUGAAAAAGAGAACUGAAGACUCAAAGGAAAUUCAAAUAAAUGAAGAUUCUAUAUCGGUUACCAAAUCGGAGAUUUCCUCCGUUCAGCAAAAUUUGAGUUUCGGUGGUGCAAAUUUAGAGAAUGUUUCGUUAGAGGAUAAGGAGAACGACACCAUUUCUAUUAUUUCAGGGGUAGAAUCUUGCUUGUCACAUAGAACGAACGAAAAAGUCAAAAGAACACUCGAAACAGAGCUUUCUGAGAUUUCUAAACAUGAUACCUUCUCUAUUGACGAGUCCAUAGUGGAGCAAAAGUCAAAGAGCUUGGCAGCACUUGAAACCGAUCUCGCUUGUGCGGAGAACAUCUCUUAUGACGACAUUAUUAUGGAAUGCUCUUCCAGUCAUGAGACAGCAUUCUCGGAGCUGCAAUCAGAAAUAUUCCCGGAGAGUUCAUCCGAAAUCGAGUUUUCAGAUUACACGCAGUCAAUUUUCUUAGAUUCUGGAAAUGAAUUUUCCGAAAAAUCGAUUGAUGAUUCUCCUCCUUCGCAUACUUACUCAUUGUUGCUCGACUUUAGACAGCAAUUCUCCCGAUCAAGCGUUCCUCUAGACAUGAUAAGAUCCUCGUUAAUAGAAGCAGAGUACCUACAACAUUCCAAAUUUGUGAAAUUCGAAGUUGAGGACGACGAGGAAAGCUACCAAAGGUUACGGGAAAGAGAGAGAAGGCAAUUAUUUUUGCUCGACUACGUCGAGUUGUAUCGCUCCACGACGGACUACGGCGGUCUCAUCUUAGAGCAGCGGCUGCAGAUGGUCCACUGGAUUGUUGAGCAAUCAACCGCAAAGGAGUUUCAGCUUGAGACAGCGUUCCUUGGAGUUAGUCUUCUGGAUAGGUUCCUAAGCAAAGGAUUUUUCAAGAACAAAAGGAGCCUUCAGAUUGUUGGAAUAGCAUGCCUUACAUUGGCCACAAGAAUUGAAGAAAAUCAGCCCUACAAUAGUGUGAGGCAAAAGAAUUUCCCCAUAGAGAGCAGUACGUACAGCAGAUUUGAGGUUGUAGCCAUGGAGUGGCUGGUGCAGGAGGUACUCAACUUCCAAUGCUUCUUGCCCACCAUCCACAACUUCAUGUGGUUCUACCUAAAAGCUGCUAGAGCUGAUGCAAAGGUAGAGAAGAAGGCAAGAUACCUGGCAAAGUUAGCUCUAUCGGGCCAUGAGCAUCUUCAGUACUGGCCCUCAACAGUUGCAGCGGGACUUGUGAUUUUGGCUUCUCUAGAAAGCGAUCAAAUUGAAUCCUACCAAAGGGUCAUUGAGGUUCAUGUCAGAACAAAGGAAAAUGACUUGCGUGAAUGCAUGAAGACAAUGGAGUGGCUGCUACAGUAUGUACACUAACCAGAUUAGAAGAGAGCAUUCUACUCCCACUUUUCAUUCAUUGAUGUGCACUUCUCAUAAUCUCAAGCCAAUGGUAAUAUGCAAACUGAUCGCUUUUGUAAAUCCUAAUAAAAAAAAUAGGUUAUAGAUAACAGAUUAUUUUUCAACUUGGCGAAAAAAAUGCUUCUUGUGAUCUGUCCAUAAAAGCAGGAAACAGAGUAUGAUUUCAA